AUUAUCGUACUAGUACGAAGUGAGCUCUUCAUGCAGGCGAACGUAGGCAUGCCUACUUUUUAAGAGGUCUAUGAAUUUUUUUUGAGGGAUCCAUUUCCACUCACUCAAUCUCCCUCUAUUAUUAUUAAUUGAAAGCAAUAACACAAGUUUAGAUUGUGAAAAUGUGAAAUGAACGAGAAGCAAUCAAAGAUCGAAGCGUCAAUAGAUUGAGCCGAGAAUUUGGAGGGCGAUUGUCUCGGUUCUUAGCGUGAAAAGUGCAGUGUCUAUUCCACGUCCACAGUUCGGGCCCGUGAGUUUAAUUUGUGAGGACAGAUAUUCAAAUGUCGUUCGGAAUGACCAAUAUUAAGGUGAAUCCCGUUGGGAUAAUAUUCCUUGUCGUGCUAGGAGGAGGAACAUUACUACUCAUCAAAAAUUCAUUUUAUGGGAAGGAUAAAAACAGCGAUGUCUCCAAGCAAGGUGAACUGAUCAGCAUGAAGCAGCUCCUGGUCGCCAGCAUCCAGCUCGCCGAGCGCGGCGGCAAGGUGGUGAAGGAGAUUCGCGAUGCGCACAAGCUGAACGAAGCCAGCAAAGGGAAAACAUUGGAAGGAGCAAAUAAUCCCGUAACAGACGGAGAUAUGAAGUCACAUGAAGCAAUUUUAUCUGGAUUCCAGAAGUCAUUUCCUUCAGUUUAUGUCGUGUCGGAAGAACAUGAAGAUAAAACAUUUGAUUUGGAUAAAGUCGAGGCCGUGUCCAAAGACCUACCUGAAGUGUCUAACAUCAUUCAAUCGGAUGAGAAGAUCCCUAAUAGUGACAUCACAGUUUGGGUUGAUCCCUUAGAUGCGACACAAGAAUAUACAGAGGACUUGGUGGAAUAUGUCACGACAAUGGUCUGUGUAGCAGUGAAAGGAGUGCCCACAAUUGGAGUUAUACAUAAACCAUUCCUCGAUAAAGGUCCCAAGACAUCUUGGGCAUGGGUAGGUAAAGGUCAUGCAGAGCAUCUGAAGGAGGUCAAACAUCAUCUUGAUGCCUUGGAGAAUCCUCGAAUCAUUGUAUCAAGGAGUCACUCUGGCAAGGUUGAGGAAGUCUCGAAGAAGACCUUUGGUGAGAGUACUAAGGUCAAACCCGCUGGAGGAGCAGGCUUCAAAGUGAUGUCCCUCCUUGAAGAUGAAUCUGACAUCUACAUCCAUGUGACACUCAUCAAGAAAUGGGAUAUCUGUGCAGGCAAUGCCAUCCUAACGGAGAUGAAAUCUAAGAUGACCACAUUGAAAGGAGAUACGAUAAAAUAUGACAGGACAGAUGACGUCAAGAACCCCGACGGCCUCCUAGCCACAGUCUGGGACCACAACGUCUUUUUCGCAAAGCUUCAACCGGUUUAUGAAGAUCUAAAGGCAGAACAGAAACCAAAGCAAUAACGUUUGCAUAUAGACCCAUCUAGUAAAAGUCAUAUUUUUGUGUCUGAAUUGAAAUUUAUUGUGCUGACUGUGAGAUCGAUGCAAUGUUAUGUGACAGCGAGAAGCUUGAAGCACUACACUCCCAACAUCAUAACUUCAAGUUGAUAUAAAUGAAUAGGGAAAUUUUUAGCAUUGACAAUUUGAGCUAAACCUGAUGUAAAGUAUGGGGGCAUCGUGGUCUAGUGGUUAAGACUCUCAUCUUUCAAUCUGAGGGUCUUGGGUUCGAUUCCCAGCCAUGGCAUGUUUUCCUCCAGCAAGAAAUUUAACCACAUUUUGCUGCACUCAACCCAGGUGGGGUAAAUGGGUACCGGCAGAAAGUAAUUCCUCAAAAAGCUGUGAGCACUGGAAUCGGUAGACUAGCUUAGCCUGGGUAAUAUAGGAGUGCCUUGAGCACCUAGCAUGGUGGAUACGUGCGCUAUACAAAUCCUAUAUUCUUAUUAUUUGUAUUAUUAAGCCUUUUUAAUAUUUUAUUUUCUAUUUUAUUUAGUUUCACACAUUAAAGAUAGAAAAAGUGAGGAGUGUGUGGCUUCUUCUUCAGCUUCUUUACAUCAGAUUUGUUUGAAAUGUUGCCUUUUGCUGAUUUUAUUUCCUCUAAUUAUUUAUAUCAACUUAUUGUUGGGGUGAAUUUUCAAACAACUUGUUUUAGCGCAGGUCCCUGUGGUAACGAUAUAGCCACAUGAAUAUAUGUUCUUCAGUCCAUUAAACCACUGAACAUGAUUUUAAAAAUUAGACUUACAAAUGUAUAAUCAAGUAUGGUGGUGCUGCCAUCAUUGUUCAGUACUCUGAUACAAUAAAACUUGUUAUUAUUGCCUAGUUAAGUGUUUCUGUUACAAGCCAUGGAAUCGGUAUUUAUUUGCUGAGAGCAUACUGUCAUGAUUGUUGAUAACAAGCUUUAUACAUUAUGACUCAUUGGUUUUCAGGCUAUGAAUACAUUCUCCUAUUUACCUAUUCAAAAUGUGAGACUGCAUUGAUUCAUGGGGACUGCUUCAUAAAAUUGUGAGUCUGUUCAACAUUGUGCAACAGACUGUUUUAUGAAACUCCACUUUGUCAAAAGUUAUACACUGCAUUUGCUAACAUCAAAGUGUACAGAGAUUGAUGUUAUGGUUCACAAAUAUAUAUUUAUUCAUGAAAAAGAAAAUAUUUUAGAGGGGGCAACAACUUAUGGUCUUUUAUGAAGUAGUUACAUGUAGGAAAUCAUGUUGGCUAUUAUUUGUGUACUUUGUAAUCUACCUGGUAGUCCUUCUUAAAGUCAUUUACACAGAGCUUUUAGAAGCAGGAUCUAUUGCUACAUGUAGGAUGAUAAAAUCUUAUACCAGUAUUACCAAUUUUCCUUUUUUUUUGCCAUAAUCAUCUUUUUCAAUUAUCUAGAGGAGCAUGCAUAGGACCUGCAUAGCUAUUCGAUAUGCAAUACUGAAAAAUUGCAUAUCAAAUUAUAAAGUUGGAAGUUGCUAGAUGCUGUAGAAGUUGGUCAUUUAUGGAAACGUGAUUUUAUCAUCCAACUUGCAAUAAUCUUGUGUUAUUGAAUCAUUGGAAUCCUCUUUUUUUAUAUGUAAUGCUAAUUGUUCAAAACUUUUUUUAAUGAUAAAAAAGGUGCAGUUGAAUGGCGUAUGUUUUUUCUUAUUAUAAUAUCUUUAUCAGGUGACAUUUGCUCCACCGACAAUUGCUCUGGGCUCAGAUAUAGGGUUAGGUUCUCAGUACGGUUUUACAUUAAGUUUACCAUUCGGUCUGGCGUUGGAUUAAGUUUAGGGUAUAGUGUUAAAUUAGGAGUUGAAGUUAGUAAUUCCAUUAGUGGGUGGAAUUUCCAGCGAGCAAUUGUCGCCGGAUCAAAUGUCAUGCAACCCAAUAAUGUCAGGCCAUAGUGCAUAAACAAAGCAGCUGGGGAAAAGGGGCAUUGUAUGAGUGAUUGAAAGAGGCCAACCAUAGACCUAUGGGGUCUCUUCAUUAUCGGAAAAUUUAGUGUAGAAUAUAUUAUAUGGUAGCUGGGUUUUUGUAUUCAUAAGAAGAUAUUUGAAUUUAAAAUGAAGUAUUUUUCCCAUUACUAUUGGUGUUUUUGGUAAGGUGUUUAUAUUUAAUAACGGUAUAGAACUGAGGGAUUUGUUUCCUUGGUUACCAAUACAAACUUUGAAUCUAUAGCCAGUUUAUUAAAAGCAAAGAUAUAUAAACUAUAUUGUGGAGCGUUAUAUGGCCCAGUGGACUAGUCUACUGACUUCGAAACAGAGGGUCGUGGGUUUGAAUCCCAUCCCAGUGGACGCUCUAUCAAUUAAAGCCAACACACAUGGUCCCAACAACAAGUGUUUUCAUCCAGGACUUUACUAAAACAUGCCCGGACACAGCAGGUUAUAGACAGAAUCUCAUGCAGAAAUUCCUCCACUGUAAAGCUUAGCAUGGCUAAAUAACAAGCAUGAAGCGAGGUAGAUUGUUAUCAGGCUCCAGGCAUGCAUGGAACCAAUGUUAGAAUUAUUUAAUAAUAAUAUGGGAUAUUUUUAUAGUGCAUGUAUCCUUGAUAGGAGCUCAAGGUACCCCUUUAUUAUCCCGGCUAAGCUUGGCUACCGGUUCCAGUGCUUGCACCUUUUUUUUUUAAAGGAAAUACUUCCUGCUGUUAAUCAUUUACCUCACCAGGGUCGAGUACAACACAUUUUGGGUAGAUUUCUUGCUGAAGGAAAACACGCCAUGGCUGAGAUACAAACCCAUGGCUUAGAUACAAACCCAUGACCUGUCUGGAGAACAAUCCACUGGGCCACAAUGCUUCACAAUGCUAUUUACUGGUUAGCAGUUCAAAUUAAAUUAUCAUUUGAUUAGCUUCAUUCUACAGUACUGCCGCAAAAAUAAACCAUGGAAUAUGAUAUAGGCUAAAAGAUAAUAAACACCAAUAUGUAAAGGACACUAUUCAAGAAUAUCCUUUUCCUUGAUUUGCUUGUAAAAACUCUUUUUCAAAAACUCUUUUUUUCCUUGGCGAUUCUUCAUUGCAUAUCAUGAUUAUAAAAAGAUAGAAAAAAGUCAAAAUUUAUGUAUGAAGUACAUGUAUAUGUACAGGUUCUAAAAAAAAAAAAGCUCUAUUCAUUAGAGUUAGAUUUGCUGAAAUGUGCCUUUAUGAUUGAAAGUAUUUUCAUGUGAAAAACAACAUUAUAUUGUAGAAUAGAAGAUAUUGAAUUCUUACAUGCUUAUGUAGAUCUGUGUAAUACCUUGGUAUAUCUUGUACAAGUGUUGUUUUUUUAUAUACUUCUUGAGUAUUAAAGGACUGUAAAAAUUAUGUACUUUUAGUUCUAAUUAGUAACCAUUCAAGGCAAUUUUUGCUCAUAAGGGAUAAGUAUACUCUUUUUUUUCCUCCCCAUUUUUUCAGGGGGGGUGUUAGGAUUGUGUUCCAAUUUCUUGAAUUAAACUUAACGUGUGUAAAUAGUUGGUUGGCUAGAUGGCCUUAUAAGGUCAAUUUUGGAAGGACAUUUACAGAUAAAAUUUCCUUUUGAGCCGUCAUCUGUGCAGAUUUUUCUCCUUUAUAGGGUCGCUAUUAGUCAUAUUAUGAUGUCACUUCCUCAGUCGAGACCUUUAUGUUUUUUCUAUGUCUGUAUAUAUAUCUGGUCAAGCAGAAUAACCUCCUGUCACCUGAGGGCAGAGAGAGUUUGUUUAAAUGCAACUAAAUUUAUUAAGCACAAGUCCAAAGUAUGCACACCUCUGAUUGGUUGUAAAUCAAGGUGUGUUUGAUAUUUGGAAUUGUGUUUGAUUGUAGCUCUUUGUGCAACAGGUCCUAGGAGAGUGUUUCAUGUACUAGUGUAAUAGUAUUGUGACGUGUUCAGUCGCAACUGUCUUUUUGUAAUCGCUUAAAAGUGAUUGGUUGAAAUUCUUGUAUUUACUGAGUGCAAGUUUGUCAGUGAAAAAUCACUUACAAUUUUUAUGAAAUGUCCCUGUGAUAUAUAUCCUGUAACAUUGUCUCUUUGGGGAUGUUGCAACUUGCAAUAGAAUAUUUGCAAUCAACUGCAAAUAUUCUGUUGCAAUUAAUUGAUCAAUUUUAACUGUAACAAAACAGGUCAAACUCCUUGUUUCAACAAGCAGAUUUAUUAGCAAUUCAUUUUUAAAUUUGAUUGCAAGAUUAUGAUUAUUAAUUUAGGGACUGAAAAUACAUUUGCUUUUGAUUACAAGUUUCUUGCACCACCCUAUUAGUGUUCACAUGUACAUACAUGUAUAAAGUUAAAUGUACAUUGAAUGAUGAUAUAGUCAGAAUAUACAAUGAAACAGACUCCAUCUAUAUUGAUGAUGAUGAUCGACAAUCUUUUGUGGGAAUAUUAUAGUUGCCAAGGUUCAUCUCUUUAGAUCAAGAAAUAUGUCAAUAUAUGUGUGUGUAUAUAUAUCAACAUGGUUUUAUUCUUACCUUGCUUUAAAGUAGCUGAAGUAGAUAUAUUUUGUGAGAAUAUGAAUGGUGUCGACUGUGUAUCAAAUUAUCAGCUGCCAUAGCUUCAAAGGUAUAUUAUGUUAAAGUAUACCUUGACAUUUGUUUAAGAAUAUAUGAAAUGUGAAGGAAAUAAUGAUAUUUUCCAUUAUUUGUA